AGCCAUUUUGGCUGCAACACCGGCGUUCGCAGGCACAGCUUCUCAUGCAGGCAUGGAUCCUGCCGAGGGCGCCGAAAGCGAUGGCGACGGUGCCGACGUCGUGACCGACGAGGGCCACGUCAAACUGGUGUACUGGUUGGGCCGUCAGGCUGUCCAUCACGACGUCACCGGUGAGGUUCGGGUUCUCCCCGAGCCUCCACAUGAGGCUUGGAAGCUCGUUUUCUCGCCCGAUGGCGGGGCUUUCAUCAACUCCGGAGGCACCAGCACAUGGUGUUCGGAAUUGUUCAAGUUUGUCGCCUUGCAGGGGGACCCUGUGGAAGUCGCAGUGGCGUGCGACGACACUGAGGGCGAAGUGAUGCGCCCAAUUCCCUUGCACAGUUUCAUAGCUUCCCACAAGGUUGGUCAUGUCCCAGUUCCUUCUGGGCCUCAUUUGCAGGACUUGCGCGUGGAGGUUGGGGCGUUCUUGCACUUGCAGCGUGGAGGGUGUCGUCUCUGGUGGAGUUUGAAUUCCCUUUGGCACGGCUUCGGCAUGACAUUGAAAACAAAACAGCAGUACAAGACGUGGGUGUACAACGGUUUUCCGAAGUGGGCGGCCCGUGUACAACAACUUGGUUUUCCCCCAGAACACGUGCGAAAAGCUGCAUCGGGGUCCGCGGAGGCGGGUGCCGACACAGGCCCAAGCCCCUUCGGAUUCACAUCGGCAUCAACGUCGGCACUCAUUAUUCUUCUUGUCCGGUGGUCGCACGCGACGUGUAGAAGUGAAGGCGAGUGGGUUGAUGGCAAAUCUUCGUCCAGGGACUUCCUGGACAGUCUGUUGUUGAUGUUGCCUGAGUGCUUUUCCUUGCGGCUCCAUCUAGAGGAGCAAGUCAGUGACGGGCUCGCGGAGCCCCCGGAUUUAGUUGAAACGCAGAUCGACGUGCGCGCCGGCAUCGCUGAUUUCUCCAAGGUUUGGCCGUCUAACAAACUGACAGCAGCGCCAGGCGCGAAGCUGAGGGAACUUCUCGGCUUCGAAAGGCAGGCGGCGAUACCAAAAAUCUUGGGUGUUAUUUGGAAAUGCACGUCUCUGCAGCUUACCUUCCGGCAGUUGGUUGUCGGUCUCAGUGCCAAUUUGGAACAUGUCUUUUGCAAAGAUGACGCGGGUGGUACAACGCAUUGGUGGGGCAGUUCGCUCGUCGAAUUCAGCCUGGGCGACAUCGGAUGGAGGCAAAAGCGAUCGAUGUUGUAUGAGUAUUGGACAGCUGGCCUUCGACACAUGCAGACAGGCUCGACGAUCAUGUCCGUGUGCGUCGACAAAUCCCGCGUCGGCAGGAAGGACGUUACCUUGAGCGCUGCCGUGUUGCCUAGCAAUCGGGCCCAUUGGUUGCCCCCGCAGGUUCGUCGAUCCACGCAGGGGGGUUGAAGUGCAGGCGGUGUCCCCAGAGGGCCCGUCGCGCAUCAGAGGUUCUCAGAUUUUCCGGGUUCCCGGGUUUUUUUUUCCAGGUAUCGAUUUAGUAAAUCACCGUUUUCGUUUAGUAAAUCACGGCGCCGUCGGUGCCCAUUGUUUUUUGUACGUAU